AUGGACUCGACCGACUUUGACGACAUGAUCACCAUCCGACAGCUCACAGACCCUGCUGCGACAGACGCCGAGCACCGGCGCCUCGUACAAGUGAUCGUCUCGGCGUUUCAGACCGUGGACCCGAGGAGAAGAACGCACGAUAUCAGCACCACUGCAGGCGGUGGCAACGCCGCCGUGACCACUACCACGACCUAUCCCCAGCCCCGCGACCUGCUCGACGUCGCCCGACGCCGAGCGAGCCUGUAUUCCCACUCGCAGGCGGGUCCCGACGCCGAGGGGGACACGGAGGUGUGGGUCGCGGAGAAGUCCCGCAGGACGAUGCCGGGCACGGCGCGGGAGUGGGAGAUUGUGGGUGUAGCAAUGUGGAAAGUCCCCUACGGGAACGAGGGCGUUUCCGGCUCACCCAUCGACCGUGUCAAGUCCGCAGAGCACGGCCUCGUCCCUCACGUUGUCGCCCGUGAGCCCCACGGACGCGUCCUUGGCCUUGGACAGGGGCACGGGGUGGGGCGUGCGCUUGUUUCCCAUGCCCAAGCGCGUGCACGGUGUUCACGGUCGCGCUUGGCCGUUGGCGUAGAGAGGGCCGAAGUGGUGACAUUCUACGAACAGCUCGGGUUCACCACUCGAUCGUAUGGGUCCCAUGGUGGGGAACCCACGUAUGACCUUUCCACCUUUUGUACCGUAGAUACCCAUUUACUUUCUGCCCAGUCGACGACACCCCGGGGAACUUUGCUCUGGACACCAAUGUUCCAUCUACAUAUGCCACCUCGGACCCCGCGCUCAGCGCGAAAUCCUCACGUCGUCACCACAGCUCUCGCAGGUCCUGGUCUUGGGUCCAAAGGCCAAAAAGAGGGGAUAGAACACGGUAUGCACGACCUUGUACGACCUCUUGCGCGGACGGAACAUGUGGCCGGUAACAUGACACGAGUCCCUGCGGCUGACUUGAGGACUGACCGCGGGGAAGACCGUGGGGACCAUUGCUGGGAGGCUCGGGCUGAAUGGGAUGAUGACGCGCAAGAUGGGUGGGCUCCGUCGUUCCGCGGCCUCGAAGCUGCUGCCAGAGGAGCACGAGGAGAUGCUCGAAGCCCGUGA